AUGUCUAAUAACAAUCCUAUAAAUGACAAAAAGAAGGCCUUGUUGGCUUACAAGGAGAAGCUUUUUGAGGAGAUGCAGUAUUAUGAUAAGAGAAUUGAGGAGUUUCGAACAAAUCACAGAAAUAAAUGUUACUAUGAUGAUUCAGACAGUUCAGAAGCUGAAGACUAUUUUCCUAACAUGGUGGACACUGGCCCUGAAGUCCCACAGCUGAAGGCAGAGCAAUCAUUGCUUAAAACUUGUCUGCAAGCUACACAAGAACUUACAAACCUGACUGUUUUGCAAUCUGAAAUCAAUGUGUUAGUGCAGGAUCCUCAGUUGGAUGGUGAGAAGCCAGUAACAGAACCUGGCACUUGGCAGGAAGUAACAGCUGAAUGCAGAAUAGACUUAGUCCCGUUUACUAUUGUGUUUUAUAUGCAUACUCCGAACCGCAAAUUCGGUUCAACAUCGUACCGUGGGCUACAGUUAUCUCUGGUGAAGAAGUCACAUGAGGUGGAACUCAACAAUUCCGUGUUACAUACACUAAGAAGACCAAGUGAUGCAGUUGAAGUGAUUCGAAGCUAUGCUGUCGGUUACCGUUCCAGACGUACAACCCUAGCUCGGCUAGCUAACAAAUAUGCCAGUUCACUGUUUAUGGAACCACAUCCAGAAGGUGGUUUCGUACUGAAGUGUUCGAAUCUUCUCGAGAUCCUGUGGCGACUGGAGAAUAAAUGGUCACCCGUUGCUCCCUUCCAUCAUAGAAUGAAGUUUGACUUAGAGUAUAUGGAUGAAUCCUACAUAAAAACAAUAACUCAAGCUCACAAACAGCUAUUAGAUCCCGCGAUACAAACAGACGAGCGAACUCUACUAUUAUCUAAAAUAAUCAAUACUUGUCUAGAGGCUAGAGGUCCCGUGGACUCUGAGUCCGACUUAGAGUCUAAACAGACUGAUGCACUAACGGAAACGGACCCGAAGGAUAGGGAUAGUGAAGUUAUGGCACCACCUAAAAGUUUACCCAAGAAAACUAAGAAAAUAACGUCGAAAGAUAAAAAAAUAAGUGAAGAUGCACUUAAAGAGAAAACUACUCCACAGAAAAGAAGUAUGGCAGAUGAUAGUGGGGGAGCUAAAGCUAAAAAAGUUAAAACAACGGAAAACAGCAAUGGUGAAGCCAAAAAACUUGCCAAAAGCAAUGAAAAAAGUGGAGAGAAAAAAAAUGAUGACACUAAGAAAAAAGAUAACAAAAGUAAUGGUGAGAAUGAAGGGGUUAAAAAAAACUCCAAUGAAAACGUAGAUACUGCAAAAAAUAUGAAAAAUAGUGAUAAAAGUAAACAGAUUAACAAAAAAAUAAUCAAAAAACAUCACACAGAAGUAAUUUCUAAAAUAAGUGUUGAUAGUGGUAACGAAAAUAAUAAAAAUACUGCAAACAUAGCUAAGAAAAAGAAAAAUAAUGAAAAUGUUCCAGAAGUAACAAAGAAUAAUAAAAAAGAUAAAAAAGAAUUGAAGAAAACAAAGAGUAAUGAAGAAUUAAAAAGAAAUAAUGUCCGAACUGGGGAAUCAGAGCCGAAAAAAAUUAAAAGCUCUUCUGAUAUUAACAAAACUGAUACACAAAAUUUUGAUGAUAAAGCUGAUAAUGUAACUAACAAACCAAAAAACAAAAUUCGCGUAGAAAAAAACAGUAAAGAAAAGAAAAAUGAUGAUAUUGAAUAUAAAGAAUCAGAAACUUUUGAAGCUACUAAAACUGCAAAAGGAAAACCUAAAAAUAACAAAAACAACGAACAACUAGCUAAGAAAAUCGACAGAAAAGUUAAAAUGUCUAUAGCUAAUGAUAAAAAGUUUGACCAAAUCACUAAAAAGAUAUCUGGCGACAUUAGAAACAAAAAUCUUGACAAUAUGACCAAAAAUAUAGAAAAUAAUUCUACAAAAACUGUUAGUAAUUCGAAAAACGUUAAAGUAAAUACAAAAAUGGAAGCUGGACAGGGAAGUACUAAUAAUACCAAGAAAAAAACUAUUAAUGUUCCAAAGACGACAGAAUCUCAAAAUAAUAAUGAAAAGGAGCCGAAGUCAACUGAAACCGUGAAGAAUAAAAGUUCCGGUAACACCAAAGAUAUUCAAACAGUCAAAACAUUUACUGAGAAAAAUGCUAUUAAUAUUAAAAAUACGGAAAAGAUUAUCAAUGUUAACAAAGUGGUUACUCAGAAAAUUGUUAAAGACAAACCUACAACAAUAUUUAAUAAACCCGAGAACAUUGUAAUUAGUACCAGUACACCUAAAAAUAACAUGAAACUUUCAAAAAUUACAACCAAAAGUGUAAGAAAUAUUAUUCACAAGUCCCCCAAGCCCAAGAAUUCAAUUAAAAUUCAAAAUUCUCAAAAAAGUAUCAAAACCAAAAUUUCCAAUGGCAACACACAAGUGUUUUCUGGCAACUCGGAAAAUGAAAAUGGCGGUAAAACAUCAAAGAUUCCACAGAAAAAAAUGUCGUUCAAUAGCGAAAAGAUAUUGAAGACGAAUAUUCUCAGAAUAAGUCCAAGAAGAUUACCGUCGAAGUUCAAACCUAUCACUCAAGAUGCAAAUCUUAAGCAGCUCACUAAAACCACAAAUAUUCCAAGGUUCAUUAAGAAAACGGCUCCAAAAGUCUCAAAAUAA